AUGUCGGCAUUUGAUUGUUUGCAUAACAAUGCACUGACUGAAGAAGAAUCAACAGCUCCAACAGGAAGCACCACCACAACUGGAUUGGCUGCCAGUUCCACAGCGGAAGAAACGACGACACCUUUGCCACCAACUACAACAGGCUCCACCAGUAUUUUGACAAGUGGACAAACAACAACAACAAGAACAACAGAGAUAACCACCACAGCCAGUUCAACUGCCAGUUCCACAACUGAGGUGGUCUGUCUUGGUGAAUGGUCUUCCUGGUCCAAUAUACAUACACCAUCCUAUUACGAUCCAAAUGAUGUUGAGCCCAUACGCAAGAGGUUGUGUGCUCCCACUGAUUCUAUUGGUGACGUUCAGUGUCAAUUUGUACAACACCCUUCGAAGCCACUAAGUGAAUCACAAGACAAUGUGGAAUGCAUUAAAGGAGUAGGAUUGGUGUGUAUUCACUCCAGCAGUUCAUCAGAAACAUUCUGUUCUGACUACCAAAUUCGAGUUUGCUGCGAAAACCAACCGUCAACAACUGUUCCGACGACAACCAGCCUAUUCACAACCUCCACUGAAACAAGUACACCUGAAGUGACCACAACAACAGGGACAAGCACCACACCCGCAACGACCGCCACUUCGACAACUGAAGAAUCAACAGCUCCAACAGGAAGCACCACCACAACUGGAUUGGCUGCCAGUUCCACAGCGGAAGAAACGACGACACCUUUGCCACCAACUACAACAGGCUCCACCAGUAUUUUGACAAGUGGACAAACAACAACAACAACAACAACAGAGAUAACCACCACAGCCAGUUCAACUGCCAGUUCCACAACUGAGGUGGUCUGUCUUGGUGAAUGGUCUUCCUGGUCCAAUAUACAUACACCAUCCUAUUACUAUCCAAAUGAUGUUGAGCCCAUACGCAAGAGGUUGUGUGCUCCCACUGAUUCUAUUGGUGACGUUCAGUGUCAAUUUGUACAACACCCUUCGAAGCCACUAAGUGAAUCACAAGACAAUGUGGAAUGCAUUAAAGGAGUAGGAUUGGUGUGUAUUCACUCCAGCAGUUCAUCAGAAACAUUCUGUUCUGACUACCAAAUUCGAGUUUGCUGCGAAAACCAACCGUCAACAACUGUUCCGACGACAACCAGCCUAUUCACAACCUCCACUGAAACAAGUACACCUGAAGUGACCACAACAACAGGGACAAGCACCACACCCGCAACGACCGCCACUUCGACAACUGAAGAAUCAACAGCUCCAACAGGAAGCACCACCACAACUGGAUUGGCUGCCAGUUCCACAGCGGAAGAAACGACGACACCUUUGCUACCAACAACAACAGGCUCCACCAGUAUUUUGACAAGUGGUGAGUGA